CCGGGCGGGGCAGUGGGUUGUACGGCGCAGUUCGGGUAGGAAUCCGGUCUGCCACCCGGACUCAGGGCUUCCUUCAGAGGUGCGGGCACAGGUGGGCAGUGACGGGAGGAGGGAAAGCGGGGGUGGCAACCUGAAGAAGACCUGGCGGUACCAGGAAGCCCUCAGCACGCUUCCGGCUCCUACCUACUGGCACACUGCCUCAAUCUGAAGAGAAGCCCAAGUUGUUUUUAUUUUUCUGUAAAAAGAGGCCUUUCCUAGGGGCCCAGGACUGCCCGUAAGGACAAUGGACUCCGGAGCUCGCCCAGUUGGUAGCAGCUGUAGCAGCCCUGCAGCGCUGUCACGGGAAUACAAACUAGUGAUGCUGGGUGCUGGUGGCGUUGGGAAGAGCGCCAUGACAAUGCAGUUCAUCAGCCACCGAUUCCCAGAAGAUCAUGACCCCACCAUUGAGGAUGCAUACAAGAUCCGGAUCCGCAUCGACGAUGAGCCUGCCAAUCUGGACAUUCUGGAUACAGCUGGGCAGGCAGAGUUUACAGCUAUGCGGGAUCAGUAUAUGAGGGCAGGAGAAGGAUUUAUCAUCUGUUACUCGAUCACGGAUCGCCGAAGUUUUCAUGAAGUUCGGGAGUUUAAACAGCUGAUUUACCGCGUUAGACGUACUGACGACACACCAGUGGUUCUCGUGGGAAACAAAUCGGACCUGAAGCAGCUGCGGCAGGUCUCCAAGGAAGAGGGAUUAUCUCUGGCACGAGAAUUCAGUUGUCCGUUUUUUGAGACCUCUGCUGCAUAUCGUUACUACAUCGAUGACGUUUUCCAUGCUCUUGUUCGGGAGAUUCGUAAGAAAGAAAAGGAGUUAGUAUUGGCCAUGGAGAAAAAAUCUAAACCCAAAAGCAGUGUGUGGAGGAGGCUGAAGUCGCCGUUCAGGAAGAAGAAAGACUCGGUAACCUGAGGGAAAUGUGAAGUCCCUGCUGUGAACUGCGGUUCUGCCCGAGCAGCCCAGUACCUGCAAUAACGGGCACACUGUCCGCUCUCUUUCCCGCUACCCUAAAUGCCACUGGCGAGGGGGCCAUGGCCACUGGGCGUUUUCAGUGACUCUGACUUUUUAGCCCUCAGAGCACUGUUCACUCCUUGAUUGUCAUAGGGGAAUUUGAUCUGCCAUUGUUUUGGUUAUGUUGCUGAUGUAAAUUAAUUUGUGUAAAUUGUUUAUACCCAGGAGAAUAUGUUAUACUGUGUGCACUUGACUAAGUUCACAAACUUGAGCUUCCUGGUACUGUCUCACAGAAGGACCUCUCUGCCUUGUUUUUCCACACUGUGUAUCUUGGAGACAGAACAAAAUAUUGAAUAGGGAAACUAACGAUAAAGAGAUUGGUGCUAAAGGUGAGUAGGCAUCUGUGACAUGGACUCCUGUUGUAGAUUAUGAAGUGAUUAGGGAGAUAUUGUUGUGUGUUUACACAGGAAGACAUGGCUGGAAGCAUAUGGGGUCAGAAAGUGUUCCCAUGGUGAGCCUGAGGACUGUGCGUUGGACCCAAAGGCGAGACAGAAACAGAAACGUAGAGGGAAGGUUUCUCUUGAACAUACUUGUUCUUUUUCCAGUAUCUUGCCUUCCUUUAUCUUUGAAGACUGGCACUUUGAGAACUACUUAUGGAUCUGGACCAGUCACAAGCUCACUCGGUUCUUGUUUAAAUCCCUUGUUGGGCUAGGCAUGGCGGCUCACUGCUGUGAUCCUGGUAUUUAUAAAGCUAAAGCAGGAGGACUUCCACAAGUUUGCGGCUUGCUGGGCUACAGAAUGAAAGCCUGUCUUAGAAAAACAAAACCAAGAAUAAACAGAUAAGUAAAUUCUUUCUUAGGACAGCUCCACCACAUGCCUUAUCCAGGCUUCCUCUUUGAAGAGCUGGGCCUGUGCUGUGGUUUUAGGCCCUUUCUUUAAACUGAUGGUGUUGUCCAAACAGAAGAGGCAUCUGGAGUCUGAGUAAAAUUGUUAGGUGGUCUCUUGACCUCAGCAGUCAUUAGACUUAGGCUUAAAGGUCUGGAGUUUCUGUUUGGCCGACCGACCAGUCUUGAAGAUUUAAUAUCCACAUAUACGAAUUGGUUUUUAUAAUCUGAGGAUUUCCUCAGAGUUGUCCAAGCUCAACAUCAAAGAAGGACCACUUUGCUUCCCGUACGUGAGACUAAUCUUGGAAGAAACAGCUUUAAACUAUUAGUGGUGCGCUCUCUGUCUUGAUGUCUUGAGCAUGCUGUGUGGGACACAUUCAGGAGAGUCAUGAUCCCAAGAUGGAGUGUUCACUCCAGGCUCAGGUGAUACCUCUUCAAAGCUGCCACAAAGCUUCCUGCUUCCCACUGUCAGAGGAAUGGCAGCUGAUCGGAUUCUAUGAGGAGCCAUUGCUAGGACUUUUAACAUUUUGGGUAGCGUCUUUUGAAAGUUCUGGUAACUAUAUAAAAUUGUUUUUAAUAUUCAAGCCAUCAAAAAAUUAAAGACCCGCCGGGCGGUGGUGGCGCACGCCUUUAAUCCCAGCACUCGGGAGGCAGAGGCAGGCGGAUCUCUGUGAGUUCAAGGCCAGCCUGGUCUAGAAGAGCUAGUUCCAGGACAGGAACCAAAAGCCACCGAGAAACCCUGUCUCGAAAAAUCAAAAAAAAAAAAAAAAAUGAAAGACCCAAAUUCCAGUCUAUAUAAGCCACAGCAUUUCAGAGAAGAGACAAAAUACAGCACCAUUCUCUCUGAACAGUUGCUCACCUGGUUAAGGACUUUAAGACUGUAGACCUUUGCUGCUUAUUACUGAUGAUCUAUGCAUUUGUCAUCCGUGUUAAGCAAGGAAAUGACAGCUACAACGAUUCAAGAUUGUAAAGGCAAUAAAAAACAUCGCUAGAAAGAAAGGCCUGUAAGACAGAGAAAUUGUGUUCCAUACAAGGAAAGCAGCAGUCUUUUUAAGGCUAUCCCUGUCAGACAUUUGAUCCUAAGCUGGCUCCUUAAUUCCCAUUGAGCAUUGUAUUCAUGGUGCUAGAUAGCUGCAGGAGUUCAAUGGUGUGCGCUGGAGCCCCUCCUCAGGAAUGCAGUGUGUAGCUGGAGCCCCUCCUCAGGAAUGCAGUGUGUGCACUGGGGCCCCUCCUCAGGAGCGCAGUGUGUGCGCUGGAGCCCCUCCUCAGGAGCGCAGUGUGUGCACUGGGGCCCCUCCUCAGGAGCGCAGUGUGUGCGCUGGGGCCCCUCCUCAGGAGCGCAGUGUGUACACUGGAGCCCCUCCUCAGGAAUGCAGUGUGUAGCUGGAGCCCCUCCUCAGGAGCACAGUGUGUAGCUGGAGCCCCUCCUCAGGAGCACAGUGUGUACACUGGAGCCCCUCCUCAGUGGUCACAGUGUAGCUAAUUUACAAGUUCUAGAGCAUCAGCAUUGCCCAACCUGAAGGCAUGAAAAUCAAAUAUUCUCUGGAACUUUGAAGAGAAGAUUCAGGGCUAAGUUGAAAGGCACUAAAAUUGUGUUGAAACAAGGUUAGUAGUUACAAGCUUUGGAAACUAGUAUCUAGAAUUAGCUGUUUAUAAUCGGUAGGGAGACAUGUUUUAACUUUGAUAUAUUAGCACAGUGUUGCGUGUUGCCUGGGAAGAAGUUCUUCACUGGGGCACUUGCAUAUGAAGGCAGUAUGCAGCACAAUACAAGAUUUUUAAAUAAUGUAUAAUGUAUUUUUUGUUUGUUCCUUUUCUCUUUUUUACAUAAGUGGUUAGAAAUAUUUGGAAUCUUUAAAAGAAAAAAGUACUUUUUUUUACUUAUUACUAACAUGAUGAGUGCAUUCUAAGUAAUGUGUGUGCACACACCCUUGACAGCCCCUGUUUGCAUCUCAAAAUGUCACCUUGGCAGGUUGCUGUUUGAGUGCUCAACUCCAGGGAACCAGACCCUCUAGCGGGACAGAUACUAUGGAGGAGCGUUCUGGAGGUCUGUUGCCACCUUCUGAGCAGCAAGUCACCUAGUGCUUGUAGAGGACCUUCCAGGCAGCAGGGACAGUGCAGCAGUUCCCCGCCUGACUCAGCUGGACACCUCAAAAACAGCAGCAUCAUAGGGGAUGACUGAAAAGCUCAUGUCAGUGGACAAGGACAAACUGCUCUUCACCCUCACGAUCCUGAGCUGAACAGCUAGUUCAACCCACCAUUGACAAAACCUUACAGGAGCCGGGCAGUGGUGGCGCACGCCUUAAUCCCAGCAUUCGGGAGGCAGAGGCAGGCGGAUCUUUGUGAGUUCGAGGCCAGCCUGGUCUACAAGAGCUAGUCCCAGGACAGGCUCCAAAGCUACAGAGAAACCCUGUCUCGAAAAACUAAAAAGAAAAAGAAAACAAAACCUUCCAGGUCAGAGAAUUCAGAUCCUAACCCCCGAGGUGCCCCCUCACAGUGCCACAGGCCAGUGAGAUGGCUCAGUGGGUAAAAGUGGGUGAAGGCAAAGCCAAGCCCUCUGACCUGAGUAUGAUUGCAUGGGUCCACCAGAAAGUUGUCCUGGUGAACGGGGAGUGAGGAUGGAGAAAAGAAACAGACAAGUGACAGAAGACAGAGUUGGGGGCGUUCAGUGAAUACUGUAUCUGCCCAAAUCUAUUUCUCAUAGCCGUUUAUACCCCAAGAACGGGAGGGCAAAAGGCUUCCUUACCGGGCCGGGCGGUGGUGGCGCACGCCUUUAAUCCCAGCACUCGGGAGGCAGAGGCAGGCGGAUCUCUGAGUUCGAGACCAGCCUGGUCUACAAGAGCUAGUUCCAGGACAGGCUCCAAAGCCACAGAG